AUGAAUGGGUCGGAUUUCGAACUUGCGAGAAUUUUAACUAUUUUCACGAUCAUUGAUUUUUCAAGCAACCAUUUCAAGGGGCCGACUCCUAAAGCAAUUGGAGAACUUAACUCACUCAUAGUGCUUAACUUCUCACACAACAGCUUAACAGGUAAUAUCCCACCAUCACUUGGAAAAUUGGCGGCACUUGAAUCAUUGGAUCUCUCAUCAAACAAGCUUCAAGGAAGAAUUCCAAUGCAAUUAACCAACUUGACAUUUCUCGGAGCAUUGAAUCUUUCUCAUAACAAUCUUGAAGGGCCUAUACCGUUAGCUAAUCACUUCGAUACUUUCUCAAACGAUUCCUUCGCCGGUAACUCCGAGCUAUGUGGAUUCCCAUUGUCAAAGACAUGUGGCAACGAUCAGAACCAAAGUCACCUCCAUCAACGAUUCUUGAUGAAUCAAAUAACACUUAUUUGGAAAAUUGCAGUGAUGGGUUAUGGAAGUGGAGUAGUGUUAGGAUUGAGCGUGGGAUACAUUGUUUUCACAACUGGGAGACCUCGUUGGCUAGUGAAAAUGAUCAAGCGAAACCCAGAAAAGAGAAUGAGAAGAAGGAUCCAUCGAAAUGGAAGGAGAAAGAAUUAG